AUGGACGAAGGAGAAGCCAGUGAUAUCAGUGAUCUCGACAUAGUCAAACACACUGCCAGACAAGUCAAUCUGCUCGAUACCUUGCAGAGAUCCGAUGGCACAGACAGUGAUCUCCUGAACUCCGACGACUCUAAGAAUGCUGGUCGAAAGCGUCCGAGAGAUGAUGACGGCGAACGCGUCACCUUCGAUGAUGAUGAGGAUGCUGGAGAAGCUUACAGAAAGUUCAAAUCUCGCAAGUCUGAUCAACGCAAAGCCACAGCCGCUCGUACCAAAAAGGCAAAGGCAAAAGCCAAUGCAAUCGUUGGCAAGAAGCAGAGAGCUCUUCUCGACACAAAACAGCCCAACCCUCGCAAAUUCAAGAACGACACCUAUGGCACAGACUCUGAGGAAGAGCCACCUGAAGACAACUUACCUGAAUUCCUCCGAGCUCGAAAGUCCAAGUGGAAUCAAGAUCGUGGCAAGUUAGGAGAAGCCAUUUUCUCGGUUCCUCCUGACUAUGAUGGAGUUUACUUCAGUGAUGACGAGAGGCUGGAAGAGCUGCAGGAACGACCUGUCUUGCGUGAUGCUGAGACCUCCCAACCCUACAGGGAUAUCGAGAUGCCAAAAUCGGACGGCAUCAUCCCAGCCCCUAUCGCUCAAUGGCUACGGGAUUACCAGAUCGACGGAGUCAGGUUCUUGCAUGAGCUCUUCGUAUUCCAAGAAGGUGGCAUCCUUGGUGACGACAUGGGCUUGGGCAAGACUAUUCAGGUCAUCGCAUUCUUGACAGCUGCUUUCGGAAAGACUGGAGAUGAGCGAGAUUACAAGCGCAUGCGCAAGAUGCGACGCAGCCAUCAUUGGUAUCCUAGAGUCUUGCUUAUCUGUCCUGGAUCUUUGAUGGACAACUGGAAGUCCGAGUUCGACCGAUGGGGUUUCUGGCACUACGACACCUACCAUGGAAGCAAUACAAGUCGUUCAGCCGUACUCUCUGCAGCCAGAGCAGGCAGACUUGAAGUCAUGAUUACAACCUACACUACCUAUCGCAACCAUCGAGGCGACAUCAACAUGGUUGAGUGGGAUUGUGUCAUCGCGGAUGAGUGUCAUACCAUCAAGGAGCGAAGUUCCGAAAUCAGCAAGGCCAUGAACGAAGUCAAUGCAUUGUGUAGAAUUGGCCUUACUGGUACUGCUGUACAAAACAAGUACGACGAGUUCUGGACAUUACUCAACUGGACCAACCCUGGAAAAUUCGGAACCAUGGCUGAGUGGAGGAAGAGUGUCAGUGGGCCACUCAAGAUCGGACAAUCACACGACACCACUUUUGCACAGCUUGCUAUGUGCAGACGGGUUGCUGAAAAGCUGGUGAAGAACCUGCUACCGCCACACUUUAGACGUCGAAUGAAGUCUCUGAUCGCACAUCAACUGCCGAAGAAGACUGAUCGCGUGGUCUUCUGUCCGCUCUCAGACGCCCAAUCAGAAGCAUACAUGAAUCUUGUUGACAGCGAAAAGAUCGACUACAUUCGACGCUCCUCCGACCCUUGUGACUGCUCAUCCGGCAAGAAGCGAGGUUGGUGCUGCUACAUGGAAAUUCCUGGUCGUGGCAAAUGGCAGCAUCACGUCUUUCCCAUGCUCAUGACGCUACAAAAGCUAGCAAAUCAUCUCGCCCUUCUCUGUCCUCAAAGCAAGGAUUCUGAAGAGAUGCAACACAAGGAGCUGGAGAAUUUACAGUUGGCCUUGCCUGAUACUUGGCUCGAGAUGUAUCACAACCGCGAUCAAAUCACCAACUACGCUAAUGCAGACUUUUGUGGCAAGUGGAAAGUGCUCCGGAAGCUGUUGAAGUUCUGGCACUCAAAUGGAGACAAGGUUCUCGUUUUCAGUUACUCAGUCCGUCUGCUGAGAAUGCUGCAGAUGCUUUUCAAAUCAACCACGAGCUACAAUGUCUCUUACCUUGAUGGCAGUAUGAAGUACGAAGAGCGUACCCAGACAGUUGACGACUUCAAUGCCAACGAAACCCAGUUCGUCUUCCUCAUCAGCACGAAAGCUGGUGGUGUGGGCUUGAACAUCACGUCUGCGAACAAGGUUGUCAUCUUUGACCCGAACUGGAACCCGAGUUGGGAUCUCCAAGCUCAAGACCGCGCCUACCGUAUCGGUCAGACCCGCGACGUCGAGGUCUUCCGUCUGGUUUCUGCUGGCACUGUCGAAGAGAUUGUCUAUGCUCGUCAAAUCUACAAGCAGCAGCAAGCAAACAUUGCUUACAAUGCAUCUACUGAGCGCCGCUACUUCCGUGGUGUUCAGGACACGGCAGACAAGAAAGGUGAAAUUUUUGGUCUUCUGAACCUCUUCAGCUACGAGGGCGAGAACUUGGUCCUCCGCGACAUUGUCAACAAGACAAACAUUGCCGAGUCCAAGGCUGGUGUCAGUGUUGUCGGCUUGGAUACAUCGCAAGAUUCCGAGGAUGAUGACGAUAACCUUGAGGAUCGUGAAGAUGCUGCAAUGUCUCAACUCGCAGCCGAGAUCACUGGCGAAGGCGGCAAGAAGAAGAAAAAUGACGGCGAACAAGAUUCAGAGACCAAGAGGCAAGCCCGCGCCAUACAAGCUAUCCUCAACAUGGCAGGUGUGGAAUAUACGCAUGACAACAACGAUGUAGUCGGGUCUUCAAAGAUGGAAGCCCAACUCUCGAAACGCGCCAUGGCUGCAGGUACAGACUUUGACCUCUCCAAUGAGUACGCAUUCGAGAAGUCUCAAGAUGCCAACAUCAGCUUCGACGACGAGAGGAAGAUCGCGUACAAGUACAAGCCGCCAGAGUAUGUGAGGAAGAGAUUGUUCUGUUCUAUGGCGGAAUACUUUGGCUUUGCGGAUGCGACCGAGUUUGCACUUGUGCUUGAGGGAUGGAGCGAGCAGAGGAAGACUGAUUGCCUCAACAAGUUCUACAGGCACAGAAGAGAAGUUCUCGAGCGUGAAGGCGCGGAAAAUGGAGAGGACGAGGCAGAAGAGAAGUCUGCUUACUUCAAAUGA